UAAGAAAGAAGCUAAAUUUAUUUGGAACGAUCAGUGCGAGGUUGCUUUUCACAAACUAAAAGAAGCACUGAUGUCAACACCUAUUCUUGUGAAGGCAGAUGUAUGAAAACCACUGACCAUGACAACAGAUGGCAGCAAUUAUGCAGUUGGAGCAGUUCUAAGCCAGGUCCAAGCAGAUGGUGAAUUAGGUGCAAUUGGUUAUUUGAUAAAAAAACUAAACCAGGCAGAGGUAAACUAUUCAGCUUCAAGUAAAGAGGCUUAAGGAUUAGUGUUGGCUUGUCGUAAUUUUGCACAUUAUAUAUGGGGAAACGGUGUCACAGUCUAUACUGAGCACCAGCCUCUUGUAUUCGUUUUUCACAGAAGGACCAAGUCUGCUCGUAUGAACAGAUGGAUUUUAGAAAUGCGUGGACAUACUUCGAAGAUGAAAUACAUCAAGGGAAAGCAAAAUUUUGCUGCAGAUAUGUUGUGUAUACCAGUGUAUAAUGUGAAAGUAAUAACUGGAAAUGCUGAUAUUUUGGGCUUAAGUGUAGAAGAAUUUAAAAGUAAAGAAGGGGAGAAUGAUAAAUGGAUGGCAGUAAUGCAUGACUUAGAAGGUGACCCCUUACCAGGAAACCCAAAGAAAACUGUUUUGGCUAACUUUGAGUUAGAUCAAGGUCUGUUGCAUUAUGGCAAAAAGCGUAAUGAUGGCAGUAUCUGCUAUAGUAUAGUUGUACCUAAAGAAUGAAGAGCUAAAGCAUGUAAGCUUUCACAUGAAAAGGUUGGACAUAUGAGUAUCCUAAAAACAAUAAAUGAUUGUGAAGAAGGUUUCUUUUGGGUAUUGGGAAACCUCUUUUGCAGUCAGUUGGUAAUUUCCCUCCGAUAACACGAGCUGUAUAGAGGAUGAGUACUGAUGUAACAGAUGUGAAAAAGUGUGGAGACGGUUAUAGAUAUAUCCUCAGGUGUAUGGACCAUUCGUGUUACGUAAAUCUUUAUCCAAUGAGAGGGUAAUCAGGUGGGAAGGUGGUGGCGAAGCUGAGAAACUACAUCACAGCAUAUGGCA